GAAUACGUACCGUACCGUACGCACCCCACGAGGAAUCACAGGAUCAUUUCGGUUGAUGGAUCGUCACGACAGCAAAACGCUUUCGACGAUUGAAGUGAAGUAUUGUACCGGGUACAAGGAAAGAAGACCAGCGACAGGAACAAUAGGAGAACGCAGACAACAAUCGUCAAUCUGAAAAGGAACUCUGUGUCAACACCUCCGCUGUUGAAACACCAUGUCGGAUUCUAGGAAACGAUUCAAAAUGGUGCGUGCCUGCUUGUGAACGGAGUUCCUUUCUCUGCGAUACAAUGCAUCGUAUUGUUUUAUUUCGCUCUCUCUCUCACACACACGCACAAAACCCAUUCAUCUCGACCAUUAUGCGCCUGACAAAUAAUUUUGCCGUGCCCUUUCUUGUAUCUGAAACAACCAUUAGCCGCUGCGGGCCCACGUCCCGAUGGACAAGACGGUCGCUUCGCAGACUUGGAACGUUCUGGCAAAGGCGAUCGACGAGAUUUACAACCGGAAUGCUUCGAAAUUGUCCUUUGAGGAACUGUAUCGAAACGCGUACAACCUCGUCCUGCACAAACACGGGACGCUUUUGUACGAGGGAGUUACCGAGAAAAUCAAUUCCCAUCUGACGGAAACAGCAGAACACUUGUCCAACGUGCCGGACACGUCGUUGCUAGAAGAAUUGUCGACGACCUGGAGCGAACACCUGGUAGGUCUUUGGCGGCUUUCAGGAAUUACAUAUGGAGUCACCGAAUCGCUGCUUCUUUCUCUGACGGUGUUUCUCUGACGGUGUUUUUGCUGCUGUUGUUUUCUUUGACGUUGCAAUGCGUUUCCCAGAUCACGAUGAUCAUGGUUCGGGACAUUCUGAUGUACAUGGAUCGUACGUACAUCCAACAGCAGCGCCGGCGACCUGUGUACAAGCUAGGUCUCCACCUCUUUCGGUUGACGGUAUGGGAGCAUCCCAAGGUGAAGGAGCGAUCAAUAGAACUCUUGAUGGCGAGCGUCAGGUCGGAGCGAAACGGACUCUUGACGGACGAUCGGUCGGUUCUCAAGCAGGUUCUGGGCAUGCUGCUGGAACUGGGGCUGUCGGAUGGGUCAAACGUGUACGAGAACGACUUCGAAACCCCGUUUUUGGCUCAGACCCAGGAGUAUUACCGCGUCGAGUCCCAGGGGUAUUUGAGCCAGAACACGGCGACGGAUUACGUUGCGAAAGCCACGAAACGAUUGGAGGAGGAAAAGGAUCGAGCUACCGCGCUUGCGUUGCCGUUGGCAACCGAAACGCCGUUGCAAUCGAUCAUCGAAACGGAGCUCGUCGAGCGACACGCUCGCACCCUCGUCGAUAUGGAGCAUUCGGGAUUCGCCUGCAUGCUGAAGGACGAUACAAAGCUGUCGGAACUGAGAGAUAUGUACACUAUCUUUGCUAGGGUCCCUACUUCCGUCGACAAUCUGAGGGAGGCCCUGGCGGAGCGAAUCAAAGCUGACGGAAAGGCGCUGAUCACCGACCAAGAAAAACGUGCCUCCGAUCCCCCCGCCUUUGUGAAGGGCGUGCUGCAAAUGAGGGAUCGAUACGACAAAAUAGUGGAAUUCAGUUUCAGAGGGGAGAAACGGGCCCGGAAACGCAUGAGAGAAUCCUUCGAGGACUUUUUGAACACGGACGCGAGGGCGGCCUCGUGUUUAUCGGUGUACGUCGACGAGUUGCUGCGCGUCGGGCUGAGAGGUGCGACGGAAGACCAAAUCACACAAGAGCUCAACAAGGUCAUUGUCGUGUUCCGGUAUCUGUCGGACAAGGACGUCUUUGAAAGCUUCUACAAGCAGCACCUGGCGAAACGGUUGUUGAUGGGACGGUCGGUCAGCGACGACGCCGAGCGGGCCAUGGUGAGCCAGCUCAAGGCGGAGUGCGGGUACCAGUUCACCAGCAAGCUGGAGGGAAUGUUCAACGACAUGCGCAUUUCCCGGGACAUGCAGGAUUCCUAUAAGACCUACAAGCGCGCCCAGGCGGCAAAACAACAAUCGGGAGGGGAAACGAAUGGCAGCGGCAGACCCAUCGACAUCGAAGUGGACGUAUUGACCAACGGGUACUGGCCGUCUCAAAACAUUCCGGCGUGCACGCUCCCGACAGUGGUCCAGGAAGCCAUCGAUCGGUACACAAAAUUCUACCUAGAGAAACACACUGGGCGAAAAUUGUCGUGGCAGACCUCUGCCGGUUCCGCGGAACUGAAGGCUACCUUUGGGUCGGACCCGAACAAGCUGCGCCGGUACGAGCUCGGUGUAUCGACGUACCAGAUGUGCAUUUUGCUCUUGUUCAACAACGCGAAGACCCUGACCCUGGGGCAGAUUCGGCUGAACACUCACAUUCCCAACUCGGAACUCCGGCGCCACCUGGUCUCCCUGUGCACGCCGAAGCACAGGAUUCUGCGAAAGGGGAGCCGGGGCCGCGGCAUCACUUCGGACGACGACACGUUUACCUUCAACCCCGAUUACACGAGCAAGCUGAAGCGGGUUCGCAUCCCCCUCGUGAAGGAGACCUCGGUGUCCAAGGGCAGCGGGGACGGAGCAAACGCUGGUGGAGCCGGCGGCGCCGGUGGUGCCGCCGCGGCGUCCGCCGCGAACGGUGCCGUUCCAAUGAAGGUGGAAGAGGACCGGCGCCACCUGGUCGAGGCCGCGAUCGUUCGGAUCAUGAAGGCGCGAAAGUCGCUGGGACACAACGAACUGUUCGCCGAGGUGAGCCGGCAGCUCAGCGUCCGGUUCACCCCCUCUCCACAGUUUGUCAAGAAGCGCGUCGAGAGUCUCAUCGAGCGCGAAUACCUGGAGCGAUCCGAGCGCGACCACCGCCAAUACAGCUACGUUGCCUAGACCCCACGGCACACAAAGCCACAGCAUCGGAACUCGAUGCUAUUUUUGCAAAAGAGUGGCACGCCGCACUUCACGGGUGGAACGAAACGCUUCCUGUGAACAUUCGGUGCAUAAAGCAGUUGUUGGCAA